UGUGUAAUGACGAGACAAAGCUUUCAAACGCUUCAUAAAGUUCAAAAACUACGCGUCCCUUCCUUCUCACAACGAUCACCAGCAAAAACCCUAAAACUUUCUCUCUCUUCUUUCGCUUUCUCUCUCUCCCCACCUUCCCCCUCCGCGUUUUCCCGGAAUAUCCUUUCCUGCUUUUAUUUUCCGGGAAUUCCGAUUCUGCUUUGCUUACUAUUACAAAUUAACUCACACUUGUCUCCUACUAAUUUUUUUAUUCCUUCCAUGUAUGGAAGACAAAGACAAAGCAGCAUCAUCAUCCCGCCCUGCAAUAUCUCCGACUGAGUUCACCGCCGACUCUUCCAGCUGGGCGCUCGGGCCUGAUGACUCUGACGAUGUCUAUUUCUUCUCUGGCGACCGAAGUACCAGCAGGAUGCUCACCGACUUCGGGUGGAAUCUCGAACCGGAUCAACCGCACCGGAUCGGUGUCGAUGACACGUCUCAAGUGGCGGGAGGAGAAGGCGGGAGCAGAGGAGGUGGAUUGUGGUUUCCGGAUCACUCUGCUCCGGGUGGCUCCACGGAACAAGCUGAUAAGGCGAACGCGAUGGCUGCCGAUGCGUCUACAUCCAAUAAUCAAUCGGUGUCUUCGAGCUCCAGCGAGGAUCCGCCCGAGAAGUCCACCGUCUCAGACGAAAAACCGCCGGAGAUACCGAUUAAAAGUAAAAAGAAGGGGCAGAAGCGAAUACGGCAGCCGCGGUUUGCAUUUAUGACAAAGAGUGAAGUUGAUCAUCUUGAGGAUGGCUACAGAUGGCGCAAGUAUGGCCAAAAGGCCGUAAAAAAUAGUCCAUUUCCUAGGAGCUAUUAUCGUUGCACAAACAGCAAAUGCACGGUGAAGAAAAGGGUGGAACGCUCUUCGGAGGACCCAACCAUUGUGAUAACAACGUACGAAGGGCAACACUGUCAUCACACUGUUGGGUUCCCUAGAGCAGCCGGAGCAUCAAUCAUGACCCGUCAUGAAGCCGCCGCCUUUGCAGCCGCCGGCCAGUUUGCUCCGACCAUGUCACACUUCUAUUAUCCCAUCCAUUUACCAUCAAGAGACGACACUAACCUUUCUUCUCUGGCCCCUCCUCCUCAUCACUACCACCGACGCCAACAGGCACAGGAACAUGAACCAGCUGCAAGAUCAUCCAGCACUGUAAUGUGUCCACAGGAUGAUGCAACCUCGCGGCAGCCUCCCACCGAUCAAGGACUUCUCGGAGACAUUGUGCCCCCAGGAAUGCGUAAUGGAUGAGGAGGAACAUCCAUGAUGUGCUUGUUUUACUAGGUGGAACCCUGGUGAUCUGUUAUGCUUGUUUGCUCACGGAAAAGAAAGCUUAAUUCUUUUGAAGUAAACCUUGUGGUAUAGGACUUUGCGUGUCCUUUAUUUAGUUUACCGUUGUUGUUCUCUUUAGGAUUCAUUGAAUGGAGUCUCUUCUUUCUGCUUUCCCUUUUAUGUUAAUUGAUAGAUUGAUAGAUGCUAUGUGUAUAUAGAAAGAUAUUUUUAGAUUUACAAAGCGAUAGCUUUAGGUUUUUAACUGUUUAAACUUUUUGGGAGCAUUGGAGAAACUCCCUGGCUCCACGGGAAAUUUAACGCAGCAUGCACUUAUCUUUUUGGGGCAAAUCGAGGAACUUUGCGGGGCUUUAGCUGCCUUUACAAUGUCAAUAUGUCUAACAUGUACUCUUUUUAGGUGACUUUAUAUGGGUCACUCUCAAAAUUGGAGCAUGGCAUGCUGCUAUAUAUAGAAGAAGCUAAUAAUUCUCCUAUUUGAGGGAGAAAAAGCAGAAUAACAACUUAAGCACAUGUUGACAUUAAAUUAGGUAUUUUAAAAUUUUUUCGUACUAAAGUAUAUAUAAAAAAAAAGCGUCUGAAUUUGUGAAUUUGGUUGUGAUGAGAUUCUGAUUUA